GACAUGUCCGGCUGCACAUUUCAACAUGUAUCUUGAUUCGGCGGAAACGUUUAGGCUUCUAGGCAUCAAUGCCGAGCUGUACUAUGUCAGAAAUGGGAUCAUCAAUGACUAUGCUUUAUCAUUUGAACUUCUGAUACAACCCAACAUAGACAAGAUCUACUUUACAUGGCAGAGUAUUCGUCAGCAGAUAAUGUUUUACAGUUUGAGAACAAACACGUCUAAUCCGAGGGCCAUGUUGCCACCUGUUGCUAACAUUAGCAGUGAGGGCAAAGUCCCAAAUACUCUCUCAGUGUUUCACGUGAAGGUUCCCUGUACAGGACGACUCAACAGAGAGGUGCAUUUCCUCAUUCAGAUGGAAGUCAGCAUCUUCUCCGUCGUCAACAAAACAGUCAUUAACAUCCGACGCAAGAAAAACUGCCAAAUAG